CGUGCAUGACUGCCUCUGCCAUAAGCUCUUAAUUAUUUACCAACUUCAUCUAUCCCUUUUAUUUUGAAAAUGCCUCUGAAAUUCGAACUUGGUCCUGGCAGGAUGAUUGGGGGUUCUAACCCCUGUUUUAUUAUUGCAGAAAUUGGACAGAACCACCAGGGAGAUAUUGAAAUCGCCAAGAAAAUGAUCAAGAUGGCCAAGGUACUGGAAGUUAAAUGAAGAGACAUUGUAAGACUUAAAGGGCUGGUUUCCUGGACACAGAUUAACCCUAGUUCUGGACAAAAGCAUGCUGAAUGCAGAAUUGAGUCUUCAAUUAAAGUGUUUUUUUGUCCAGGACUAGGCUUAAUCUGUGUCAGCGAAACUGCCCUUUUGUGUGGCUUAAGCUUUAGUUUACUAUAAAUCUUCCUUUAAUAACCUCAAAUCAAAAGGUAGUGUAGAAAUGGCAGGACUGAUGGGAAUGGUAUUUUCUGCUGUGAUCCUGAUACUGUACUGCUGCUGUGCAUGGAUUUGCAUAAAUGGAAGUAGGGUGUGUGUGUGUGUGUGUGUGCAUGUGUGUGUGUUUGAUGCUAUUACACAUGUUGGCAUCAAUUUAAAGGACUGCGGGGCAGACUGCGCCAAAUUUCAGAAGAGUGAGCUUGAGUAUAAGUUCAACAAGCGUGCUCUGGAGCGUCCGUACAACUCCAAACAUUCCUGGGGAAAGACAUACGGUGACCACAAGCGUCAUCUGGAGUUCAGUCAUGAACAAUAUAGAGAGCUCCAGAAAUAUGCAAAGGAGGUUGGAAUCUUCUUCACCGCUUCUGGAAUGGAUGAGGUAAAAUAUUAUUCCAUGAUAAAUGUCUAUUGAAUUAGUCUGCUGUGACUGUGUAGAUAUUCCGGAUUUCAAGCAAAACAUGCAUGACUAUCUCAACUGCUUUGCAACGCUUGUUAGAUGGCUGUGGAGUUCCUGGAUGAGCUUGAAGUGCCCUUCUUCAAAGUUGCCUCAUGCGAUGCCAACAAUUUCCCCUAUCUGGAACUGACUGCAAAAAAAGGUCAUUGAUUCAAGUUAACACUGUGUUACAGUGGGGGAAAAAAGUAUUUAGUCAGCCACCAAUUGUGCAAGUUCUCCCACUUAAAAAGAUGAGAGAGGCCUGUAAUUUUCAUCAUAGGUACACGUCAACUAUGACAGACAAAAUGAGAAAAAAAUUCCAGAAAAUCACAUUGUAGGAUUUUUAAUGAAUUUAUUUGCAAAUUAUGGUGGAAAAUAAGUAUUUGGUCAAUAACAAAAGUUUCUCAAUACUUUGUUAUAUACCCUUUGUUGGCAAUGACACAGGUCAAACGUUUUCUGUAAGUCUUCACAAGGUUUUCACACACUGUUGCUGGUAUUUUGGCCCAUUCCUCCAUGCAGAUCUCCUCUAGAGCAGUGAUGUUUUGGGUCUGUCGCUGGGCAACACAGACUUUCAACUCCCUCCAAAGAUUUUCUAUGGGGUUGAGAUCUGGAGACUGGCUAGGCCACUCCAGGACCGUGAAAUGCUUCUUACGAAGCCACUCCUUCGUUGCCCGGGCGGUGUGUUUGGGAUCAUUGUCAUGCUGAAAGACCCAGCCACGUUUCAUCUUCAAUGCCCUUGCUGAUGGAAGGAGGGUUUCACUCAAAAUCUCACGAUACAUGGCCCCAUUCAUUCUUUCCUUUACACGGAUCAGUCGUCCUGGUCCCUUUGCAGAAAAACAGCCCCAAAGCAUAUGAUGUUUCCAACCCCAUGCUUCACAGUAGGUAUGGUGUUCUUUGGAUGCAACUCAGCAUUCUUUGUCCUCCAAACAUGACGAGUUGAGUUUUUACCAAAAAGUUAUAUUUUGGUUUCAUCUGACCAUAUGACAUUCUCCCAAUCCUCUUCUGGAUCAUCCAAAUGCACUUCAGACGGGCCUGGACAUGUACUGGCUUAAGCAGGGGGACACGUCUCGCACUGCAGGAUUUGAGUCCCUGGCGGCGUAGUGUGUUACUGAUGGUUGGCUUUGUUACUUUGGUCCCAGCUCUCUGCAGGUCAUUCACUAGGUCCCCCCGUGUGGUUCUGGGAUUUUUGCUCACCGUUCUUGUGAUCAUUUUGACCCCAUGGGGUGAGAUCUUGCGUGGAGCCCCCAGAUCGAGGGAGAUUAUCAGUGGUCUUGUAUGUCUUCCAUUUCCUAAUAAUUGCUCCCACAGUUGAUUUCUUCAAACCAAGCUGCUUACCUAUUGCAGAUUCAGUCUUCCCAGCCUGGUGCAGGUCUACAAUUUUUGUUUUUGGUGUCCUUUGACAGCUCUUUGGUCUUGGCCAUUGUGAAGUUUGGAGUGUGACUGUUUGAGGUUGUGGACAGGUGUAUUUUAUACUGAUAACAAGUUCAAACAGGUGCCAUUAAUACAGGUAACGAGUGGAGGACAGAGGAGCCUCUUAAAGAAGAAGUUACAGGUCUGUGAGAGCCAGAAAUCUUGCUUGUUUGUAGGUGACCAAAUACUUAUUUUCCACCAUAAUUUGCAAAUAAAUUCAUUAAAAAUCCUACAAUGGGAUUUUCUGGAUUUUUUUUCCUCAAUUUGUCUGUCAUAGUUGACGUGUACCUAUGAUGAAAAUUACAGGCCUCUCUCAUCUUUUUAAGUGGGAGAACUUGCACAAUUGGUGGCUGACUAAAUACUUUUUUUCCCCACUGUAUAUAUGUACUACAUCUUUGCCACCUGUUACUGUGGUAAAAGUGAAAUGUUAGCAAUUAUAAUAUACUCUGAAUGUGCAGUCAAAAUGUGUAAUAUGCGGCAUAUCAGUAAAGUCAGUUACUGGAGAAAUUACAACUUUGUUUUACCUCAGGACGGCCUAUGGUGAUAUCCAGUGGGAUGCAGUCGAUGGCGACAAUGAGACGGGUCUAUCAGACGGUCAAGGAGCACAAUCAGAACUUCACCAUCCUACAGUGCACCAGUGCCUACCCAUUGGACCCUGAGGAUGUCAACUUAUGUGUCAUAGCAGUAAGACUUCCCCAUUGGUUUAUUACAAGGAAGGAGUUGUCAGGCAGGAUCAGUAAGUUAUCUGUUGUCACCCCAGAGGAAUAUCAUAAGGUUGAGUCAAGUGCACAGCAAUGGAAGAGAGAGAGAGCGAGAGAGACAACAGGAAUUUAAAAUAUUUUUGUUCAGGCCACCACUGAAGGAAAUUAAUUGACCCAUGGCAUUUCCCUCUCCCUUUUCCUGACAUAGGAAUACCAGAAGGAAUUCCCUGAUAUUCCCAUAGGAUAUUCCGGUCAUGAAAGGGGAAUCAGCAUUACUGUGGCAGCAGUGGCGAUGGGGGCAAAGGUCGUGGAGCGUCACGUGACCCUGGACAAGAGCUGGAAGGGCAACGACCACGAAGCGUCGCUGGAGCCUUCUGAGCUGACAGAGCUGGUCAGAGCCAUCCGCCUUGUGGAGCGGGCCCAAGGCACGGGCAUCAAACAGAUGCUACCCUGUGAGAAAGCCUGCCACGACAAGGUGAGUUGGCCAUGGGAGGUUUAUGACAAACAUAAUGGGCCUACCUUUUACAUUUAAAUUAAUAUGACAUCAUUUUUGGAGACUGUUAUUAUUAUUACAAAUGGCAAAGGGAAAAAUAUUUAUUUAGUAUAUAUUGACAUAUGUAUACAUAUAAACAAAAUAUACAACAUAUGUCAAUAAUAGACUAAAUAAAUAUUUUCCCAUUGACAUUCGUUAUAAUAACUGUCUCCAAAAAUCAUAAUAAUGUCAUAUUCAUUUUCAUUUAAAAGGUAGGCCCAUUAUGUUUGUCAUAAACCUCUAGUCCCUUAAAUCAAGUAUUCUCUUUAGCCCUUUUCAGCUUGUACUUUAUAGCCAACAACAGCACAUAGGAGGAAAUCUCUACAUUAUUUUCUCUUCCAGCUGGGGAAGUCAGUUGUGGCCAAAGUGGCGAUCCCUAAAGGCACGGUGCUGAGUCUGGAUAUGCUGGGGGUGAAGGUGGGCGAGCCGAAGGGCGCUCUCCUGAAGACAUGGGUCAGCUGGUGGGCAGGCCGUCACAGAGGACGGGGAGGAGGAGGGCACACUAAAAUAGGGUGGAGGCACAAAAAAAGGGCUGAGUCGCCCGGGGGGGGCCCUUUUGCAAAAAACUGGAAAAGGAUUAAGCCGGGGAUACUUGGUGACCCUGGCUCAAUUGAUCCUAAUCCUUUUGCACUAAAGUGGUGGGGCAGGAGGAUUGUUAGGGUAUAA